AUGCACACGCACGUCCCCACUUUGCGCACGCGCCAUCUGUCAAGUUGCAACUCAGCGCCCUGUGCUGCGAUAUGUGUCAUCGCCAACGAAGUGCUCACGGGAAAAACUCUGGACACCAACUCGCACUGGAUCGCCAAGUUUAUGUUCCGUCGGGGCAUUGAUCUCAAGCGCGUUGUGGUCGUCCCGGACGACGAAGAGGCGAUCGGUUCGACGGUCCAAGAGCUUUCGCAGAUGGUUGGCCCCACGGGCUAUGUCUUGACCACGGGCGGCAUUGGACCGACGCACGACGACAUCACGUACGAGAGUGUGGCAAAGGCGUUUGGUCGUGGUGUUGAGUACCACGAGCCGACGCUGAGGGCAUUGGAGGCUGCUAUGGUAAAGAGCGCAUCCGAACUGACGGAAGGCAGAAAGCGCAUGGCGCUACUCCCUGCUGGCUGCAAGACGCUUCGGACCGACUUCUGGACACCGAUUGCAGUUGUCGAGAAUGUGUAUAUCCUGCCGGGCAUACCGUCAAUGGUUCGGUCGAUGCUCACUGCGGCCGAAGAGCACUUUACCGGCGUUUCCAUCUUCCGUGCGAUUGUCAAAACGAUCCAAAUGGAAGGCGACAUUGCCGCUCAGCUAAGUGCCGUGCAAGAUGCGCACCCGAACAUUGCGAUCGGGAGCUACGUGAACUUGACGAAAGACGAGACGGGCGUGCGCGACACGAGUUUCAGCACGCGCAUCACUGUUGAAGGACGUGACGAAACUGAAGUGAUGCAAGUCAGUGACGAAAUCGCAAAGCUCUUUGACGGCAAGCGCGAGUUUCCUGCUAGCGAAUGA